CUCCGGAACCGCUGAAGCCCAAGGGGCUGGGGCUGGUGGCUGGGGGGCGGGGCACCCACACGCCGGGGUGCUGGGUCCCCAACUGACUCUGUGCCCUGGGGGACCUCCCCUUUCUGCAGCCGCCAUGAACCGGCUGCGGGACAUCCAGCGUCUGGAGCCGCUCCAGGGCCCCCUGAAGUGGGUGCCCACGCUGGGCGAGCUGCAGAAGACCCUCCAGAAGGGCGAGUACUUGCCCCUGCGCCCGCUGCCCAUGUUCGAGAGUAACUUUGUCCAGGUGACCAAUCGAGGGGCCCCAGCAUACGUGCACCACAGAACCAACCGAGUCACCAUGGGUGUGGCCGCCUCUCUGCCAGGCCUGGUGUUGCCAGACAUCCUGCUGAUGGCCCAGCCCCCCGAGGGCAGGGAGUGCGCCAACCUCGUCCUCACCAGGAUGAUCCCGCUGGACCUGGUGCAUCUCUAUGUCCAUGACCUGUCUGCCUGGCGCCUGAAGCUGCGCCUGGUCACGGGCCGCUACUACUACCUGGAGCUGGACGCCCCCGACAACGAGAUUGGCUUCCUGUUCGACCGCUGGAUCCGCCUCAUCAAUCUGCUCCAGCAGCCCGCCACCUCCUGGGCCCCCAGGACCCUACACACACCUCCCAUGAAUCUGGCCCAUGUGGCACCUCCUGCCUCCACCUGGCGCCUCCAGGACCAGUCCCACCACAGGCGUUCAGUCCUGCUCGUCAAGCCCACCUUUCCUUACAAGAUGCUGACAGCUCAGAGACAGAGGAAGGCCAAGACCCUCAGGCGCCAGUUCAAGUCUCAGGCCGUGGGCGACUCCGUGCCUCUUGUCUGGUCACAGCUGGAGCAUGCGGACCCAAAGAAGAAAUCCACGGAAAAGAAGUCCCAAACAGACGUCUGCCUUGACAGACCUCAGACCCAAACCCAAGGUUCUGAGAAGCCCAGCAUCACCAUUCGGACCAUCUUCAGCAUCAUUUCCAACACGGCCAACCACUCAGAGCCCUCUCACAAGGCAGCUAAGGAGGGCUGGGGGCUGGCGCUGGCAUCUCCACUGGCCCUGCUCACCCUUCCCCUCCCCUCCACACAUGUACAGGGUUGCUCUGAUUCUGAGGCAGCCACAUGCCUGGCAGGUUUACUUGAGACCCCUUCUCGCUGCAUCUCGGGGGUCGGCCCUGAAACACCCCUGUUAGGCUCCUGCGAUCACUUAGACAUGUACCUGUGGCAACAGGAGAUGGAAGACCUGAUGGACCCCGAGUCCAGCACCUUGUCCACUUCCUCCUUGGGCCCGGCCACCUACCCUCCUGACUUCCACUGCUCGGCCCCCCAGUCCUCCUUCCCCAAGUGCAGCAGAGAGGCCAGGCCUCUGGACCCUGCGCACAGGCUGUGGCCGCCACCCUCCCAGAAGCCCCCGGCUGUCCCUGCUGCCUCUUCUAAGGCUCCAUUCAUCCUUGAUCAGUCCCAUAAGGUCUCAGCUGUACCUGCUACACCCCGGAAAGCUCCCCAGGAGGCCCCAGCCGUACCUGCCCUGUCUCGGAAGGCCCCGCGUGCAUCAGCUGCUCCCCACAAGGCCCCAACUGUGCCCGCUCCAUCUCAGAAGCUCCCACGGGUACCAGCGGCUCCCCACAAGGCCCCAGCCGUAGUUGCCCCAUCUCGGAAGGCCCCACAUGUGACAGCUGCUCCCCACAAGGCCCCAGCUAAGAAGGUCCCACAUGCACCUGCUAUUCCCCCAAAGGCCAUGUCCCCUCCUGCCCCAAACAGGAAAUCUGUGUUCCUACCUACCGUAUCUCAGAAGGCUCUGAUCUCACCCAUCCAACACCAGAUGAUCUUGGGCCCUGCCAAUGUUGGCGUGCUGCCCAUGGGGAGUCGUGGAGAGGGUGUGCUUGAGCAAAGCAAGCCUGAUGGGAAGCCAGAGCCGGUGGUGUUGGUGGGCACCCAGGAGACAAACAUGGCAGAGGUGAGGACUCAGAAAACAUCCCUGGAGCUGCCCUUUGGCACCACCGAGAAGGAGUCAGAGGACGUCCUGGUCAGCAAAAGCCGGGUCAUCAUGGUGGAUGGCUUGAAGGGCAAGGGCAAGCUGGAGGACAAGGUGCACAGGAUGAAGGAGGAGAUCGCUCUGGACAUGCCCGGCUUCAAAUCCAAGGAGGUGGCACAGCAGACAAAAUGGGUCAAGACCCAGGAGCUGACCAUUGAGGAAGCCCUGCAGGAGCACAGCAGGCCCUUCUCCGUGGAAGGGCUCACCCUUGCCAAGCUCAUGAUCAUUGCCAGCUCCAAGGAGCCCUCCAUGAAGCCGGCUCUGGUCAGUCUGCCCUCCUGGCUCUCAACCCCCCAGGGGUCUGCCAUGCCAACGACGGGCACGGUGCCCCUCAGUCCCACCAAGGGGUCCUUGCCAGAGGAGCCCCCAGCGAUGGCCAGGGAGCAGCCACCGUCAGGGGUCUGGGUGAAGAGGACCACGCGCCCCUGGGGGGAGGUGGAGGAGCUGCCUCAAGACCCCAAGGGGCCUUCCAAAGGGCGCCCCCACUCCAAGCGGGCCGCCAGCAGCCCAAAGAUGAACGUGGCCUCCCUGACUCCCAUCCCUCUGCCCUCAACGAGGUGGGAGGAGGUCCCAGAGUCGCCUGGCUCGCUAACCCCCAUCUCAAAGAUGGAGGCCAGGGUCUCCCAGCAAACCAAGAGAGGAUCUCAAGAGCCCAAGAGGUCGCUGGACCAGCACCCCGUGGCUACAACGGGGUCGUCCUUGGAGGUCCUCUUGCCCACGCUCUUGGAAAUUGAGAGCAUGAAGGACACAGUUUCCAAGGUGGAGAAGAUAAAGGAGGAACUGGGAGUCUUCGCUCCUUCAACCAGGUAUUUGGGGUGA